AAUUUGAAAUUAAUUUUGAAACAAAAUCACUUUAAUAGAAUCUUAAUUUAAAGUAACUAUAAAAAUAACGAUAUUAAAAAAUAUAAAUUAUUAUAUUUUGUACUAGACUGAAAUUUUAAGAAUUCUAAUUUUUUUGUUAUACAUGAUGUAUACAGUCAUUCCAUUAUUCAAUUAUCAAAUAUAAAAUUGUUACGAUUAUGCGUGAGAUAAGGAAAAAUCUUAUUCGUUAAUGGAAUGUAUUUUCUUAUCAUUAUCGCGAUAAAGUCUGACGAAACCAAUGAUAAAAUGAUACAAUCUUAAAAUUCCGUGAACUGCAUUGGCGUGUUAAUGUAUCCAUUUUCAACUAUAUAUAACGUAUCUUUCGGAAUCUUACAAUUAGAAUUUCAAAGUUUCUCUCUUGCAAGUUACGCAAAAAUUCUUCUGUUACUAUGUUACGACGAUUACAAGCACUCAAAUUGAUAGCCCCCCCAGCGACGCCACUGCAAGAUUUUACAUAUCACUGGAAACAAUUGAUGAACUUUUAUGUGAGCCAUCUGACCGAUUGUAAGGUUCCAGUGCAGAACACUAAUAUACCUCGACAUUUGGAUGUAUUGCUAGAAAUUUUAUUACAAGAAGAGAAAGAGGUGAAUGAACCGGGACCUUGCUUGGAGUAUCUUUUACAACACAAACUCUUGGACCUCCUAGCGACCUUGGCUAGCGCGGAAACGCCGCCUGGUAUGCGAACAGUUUGUCUUGCCUUCCUGAGGAAACUAUUGGGCAGAUCAAAAUACCCUCUCUUACAUCAUGCAUCUAUCUACGCACCUAUACAAAGACUUGUGGCACUCUGUAAUGGAAACCCGCCAUCGCCAAUCGAGAGUGAAGAGGUACAAUUUCUGCUCACAAUCUGCUUCCUGGUGUGCAAAUAUCCUCAUGUGACCAACAUCAUCAAUGAUGCGCCGAUUGUGCAGACAGCCAGUAAUUCCACCAAGAAGGAUAACGAGAGGACAGAGAUCCAGAAGGUGACAUAUGUCCCGACAAGAAGAAGAACUAAUUCCAAUCCUCUGUUCGAGCCCUUGGCUACCCAAGCAAUCACGUUAAUAAAUCCGAAUCUCUUCGACAAAGAACAGAGGAGAUUACUGCGUUCAAAUAGGGUUUUUAAGGCAACCGCGUCAUCGCAGGGUUCGUCUAGAAGAUCGAACGAAUCUAUCUCUUCGAGGGAGGAAAGUGUGUCAUCGAGUCCUCUGGCUCAAAAAUCUGUUUGCGAUUCCCCUUCGAUAGAUACGAAAAGCAAUGAACAGUGGAAAGAAAAGGGACAAGAAGAUUCUUCAGAAAACAAAAUCGAUGAACAUUUACAAAACUUGAGGGAUUUGCGAUUAAACAGCGGUUGCAAUGUUUACGACGACGCUGGUUAUAUAGCGGCUGAUAAUCAAAGUUUGAAAUCACCAUAUAAACAGGAAAAGUCCAAGUGUCUUCUAUUAGACGCCCUAAUGAGUUACUUAAAUAGCGCGGACAACACUGUGAGAAUACGAGCGUGCGAGGGAAUAAUGGUCCUGGCUUCCUUGGAUGAUCCUUCAUUCGCGCAAACGGUGGCUAGGAGCGAAUUGGCGUCGAUAGUGACAAUUCGUUUAGAAAACUUGUUCAAUGCUAUCCCAGCACACGUAGAUCACCUGGAUAUCUAUAACGUGGAUGUUACGUGGGGUCUGGACUCGCCGUUGUGGACCAAAGAGAAAAAAUUCCCCGGUUGUCGGCAAGUUGCCGCAUUCUUCAUGUGGUUCGACUACUGCGAUCAGUUAAUCAGAGAGGCCCAGACAGAAUUCGCCGAAAAGCUCGCAAGCAUCAUCAGAGUGAUGUUUCUUGAGAGAAUAGUGACGCCCGCCCUGGUUGAUCACCAUGUCGUACUUAUUACAGCUUUAGUCACUAAAUGCUUGAAAGAGAUAACUUCCUCUAUAUUGUGUACAGAAGUGAGUUAUUGGUUGGUCGGACAAGACAGAGAUCCGGAAAUUCCGAAUGAAUGGACGUCACCGGUAUUACACAGAUUGAUAGAGAACUGCUUCACGGACAGUAAUGAUUUGACAGUGGAGACAUUAAAAUUAUUCGAGGAGGCGAUAGAUAAAAGAAACGAGCAUAUACUGCAUUGUCUCAUGCUGAAUUAUCUAUCUACACGAGCAUAUUAUGAUAACACCGCUGCGGAUAGCGCUAUCGCCUCGUGGAGCGAUGAGGAAGACGAAAGAGAGAAGGAAAAGAAGGGAUUUUUAGAUCUCUCUUAUGAGCAAAAUCAUAGUCGCACCUUGGCACCGAGUAAUAUCCAUCGAGUUAUCAAUUGUUUCCUGUCGCUGACGCCGCGUUACUUGCAAACAGAUCCUGACGUUAACAAUUACGAAAAAUAUAUGCCAGCUUGGGAACGACAGUACUCUUCGGUAUUUUCCGACUGCGCUCUGAUGGCGUGGCCAUUGGAGGCGGUAAUGGUAGAUGAUUCCGCAAGUUCCGACUCGCGACCGGAAGCCGACCAUUGCUCAGGUCGAUUCUACAUGGGACCAUUCCUGAGCAUGCUCUUUGAUAAAGUCAGCAACAUGCCAAGGCAGAUAUAUGAAGUCAAUUUGGAAGUUACAGUAUUGAUCUCUAGACUGGCGCUACUGCCGCAUCCGUACCUGCACGAAUUUUUGCUGAAUCCAUUGUUAUCUCUGAUACCCGGAACGAAGAGUCUGUUCUUAUGUUUACAGAAAGUCGUCAAACAGCUUGUCAGCGAAAUACCAAAAACUGCAGAGAGCAAGACAAUGUUGCAAGAAACAAGGAUGAGAUUGCUGAGCGAUUGCUCUCAAGAUGAGGAAGAAAAGGAAAAUAUUUUAUAUGAAAGCGCCAUAGUGACAGAAGAAUUUUGCAAAGAUCUUGCAGCCAUAGCAUAUGUUAAAUAUCACCAUUCUAUUUAAUAUUUUUUUAUAUACAAAAACUUGUUAAAUAGAAUGCCAUAAUGCUAUUAAAUAAAUUAUAGAUGUUAAUAUAUAUUGAAAUAAUUCCUUAUAUAUUGUACUUUUAAGUAGCAAAUCCUUUUUGUGAUAUUUUGUAAGAUACACAAGUCUAUAAUUAAAUAUUGAUGCAAAUACA